GGCCGUGCUUAUCUCCAUGCCUAGCUCCUAUAUGGCCUGUACGUAAACCGGAUAACUCAUGGCGUUUAUGUAUUGACUAUAGGGAACUCAACAAGUGCACCCCCACAUGUGCGCCUGUGGUAGCUGCCACACCUGAUGUUCUAGCAUCCCUUCUCCCAGAAGCUAACUAUUAUUCUGCCCUAGAUGUCUCCAAUGGUUUCUGGUCCAUCCCACUGCAUCCUGAUUGCCAAUACAAAUUUGCAUUCAAAUUUAAAAAUACCCAAUACACUUGGAAUGUGCUUCCACAAGGUUUUGCUAUCUCACCGACAUUAUUCCACCAGUGUUUGGCAAAUGUGCUAGGUGCUUUUUCUAGACCAGAAUGUCUCAUUCAGUAUGUUGAUGACCUAUUGUUGCAGACUGCAACAAGGGAGGAGCAUGUCAGUUUACUUGCAGAACUGCUUCACCUCCUUGAAGAAGCAGGAAUCAAAUUGAAUCCCAAGAAAGCGCAACUUCUCAAAUCGGAAGUAACUUAUUUGGGCAUUAAAAUUACCAAAGGGGGGCGCACUCCUGAUCCACACAAGGUAGAGAUUAUUCAGCGACUUCCAGUUCCAGUUUCAGUCACAGCUUUAAGAUCAUUUUUGGGGAUAGUCGGAUUUUGUAGGGACUUUAUUGAAGGCUUUGCUGAUAUUGCCAGACCGCUUAACUCCUUACUUUCGGGGAAAAAGAAAAAGUCUGAUGCUUUGGAUUGGGGUCCAGAACAUCAAACGGCAUUUGAAAAAUUGAAAGAUGCGCUAAUUAAAGCUCCUGCAUUGCGUAAUCCAGACAGAUCACAGCCAUUUAUUUUGCAGACCGCAGCCACUGAGGAAGCUCUAUCAGCAGUUCUGUUGCAGGAAGUUCAGGAGAAUCUGCGGCCCAUUGCAUAUGCCUCCCGUGUGCUCUCUCCGGUUGAGAAAGCAUUUGACUCAUGUAACAGGCACCUUUUGGCAGUUCAUUGGGGAAUGUCCCAUUUCGAGUACAUUUACGGCUUUAAUGAAGUGACACUCCAUACUCCCCAUACACCCCUUCAGCUUCUUUUGAAUGGCAAAGUGAAAGGAGUAUCUAAUUCAAGAUUAGCACGAUGGACUUUGGAUCUGGGUUCCAAAAAUUUGAAAACUGUGUACAAAUCUUCAUGCAUGUUACCCCGUACACUUCUCUAUGAAGGUGACCCUCACACUUGUGACACUAAACCUGUCCAGCCUCUGGACAGUGUCUUUGAAGUGUGCGCUAUAGAAGGAGCCAUUGAUGUAUAUGUGGACGGGUCCCGAUAUUGGCAGGAUGGUCAGUAUCAUACUGGCUUUGCGAUUCAUUCGGACAAUGGGGAUUUCCUUUACAGAUGUCCAUCUCAUUUCUCAGCUCAGAAAGCAGAAAUUUCAGCAGUCCUACAGACCUUUUCAGUUUUUCCAGAUUCAGACUUAAACAUCUUUUCAGACUCUGCAUUUGUUGUUAACUCUCUCACUGAGUAUUUACCCAUUUGGCAGAAAAGGGGCUUCACCAGCGCUGAUGGCCAACCUUUAAAACAGGUCGGACCCAUACAGGCUUUGUGGACAGCAGCCAAGUCCUGUACACAUAAGGUUGCUCUAUUAAAGGUGAAAGCCCAUCAGAAGAAAGGAGUAAGCCAACAUGGAGAUGGUAAUUUAGCUGUGGACGAGCUAGCAAAGAAAGCAGCUGUAGCAGGGAGACCAUUCCAUGUUCUGGAACCGGAACCAGAACUAGUUGCUGUGGUAAACGUCAGGGAACCGACAGACCUUAAGGUUGCGCAGCAACGGGAUCCAGUUUUGCGGGAAGCAAUCAAGCAGAAACAGAAUGGGGAGGCAAUUUUGGAGGGCCCAUUGACUCUGUUUGAUGCACAACUCCUGGUCCAUGAUUGCAUGCUGUUGUACACUGGAAAUGACAUUCCAGUAUGGAUCCCACCCACAGAAUUGCGGAAUGAUAUUUUGUAUCAUAUCCACAAUCAGGGGGGGCACUUAGGUAUAGAAAAAACAAAAGACCGAUUAAAAAACAUGUUUUGGUGGCCAGACGUUGACAAAAAUGUGAAAGAUUAUUGCACAAAUUGUUUAACCUGUGCCCAGAUUAAUCCAUCACCAGUGAAAAGGAAAGGGCGACUGAGGCCCACGUGUCUAGCCGAAGGACCGUGGACAAAUUUGCAGAUCGAUUAUGUAGGUCCACUCCCUGCAGCUAGAGGAGGCUACAGGUACAUUCUCAUCAUAAUAGAUACAUUCACUAAAUGGAUAGAGGCGUUCCCAAUUAAGUCCGAUACCGCAUCCGCCACAGCCCGGGUAUUAUGGGAACAAGUCUACUGUAGAUGGGGUCUGCCACUUAGCCUGGAAAGUGACAGAGGCACGCAUUUCACAGGAAAAAUUCAUACAGACUUGGCAAAACUACUUGGGAUAAAGCACCAACUACACAUAGCUCACCAUCCACAGUCUUCAGGCGGGGUUGAACGAACAAACAGAACACUCAAAACCGCAUUGAGAAAAAUGGUAUUGGAAAAUGGCACCAAUUGGGCUCAAAAUCUCCCUAGUAUUUUGAUGUCUGUGCGAGGGGUUGUUCACAAAAGCACAGGAUACAGCCCCCAUGAAUUGAUGACAGGGAGGGGAAUGCGAAUGCCAGAACAUCUGCUACUAGAGGUGCCGAGACCCAUGAUAGAGGGAUGGGCGACUGAAACCUUUCUGAAAAACCUCUGUUCUUCUUUACCUGCUAUGUACCAGCAAGCGGCUCAACAGAUUGGCUCGAUUCAGAAAUACAACAAAAUGUAUUAUGACCAACAUGUCAGUGAGCAAAAAUUUGAGCCGGGAGAUGAGGUAAUGGUAAAGAAUUACCAUCAUGCUGGGCCAUGGUCAGCUAACUGGAAGGGCCCAUACACAGUCAUUGACAAAUGUGGAGAAACUGUAUAUAAAGUCCAGUACAAGGCAACAGCACGACGAACCACAAACACAUGGUUUCAUGUGGAUCAGUUAAAAUUCUACAAAAGAACAGAGAAUAACUGA